CGAUUCUGCUCCAGCUGCUCUCUGCUCAGCUCUCCCCUUUCCCUUUAAAGGUCCACGUCCGUCUCCUCCCUUCCAACAUGCGGUCUUUCUCUCUUGCAUCCGUCUCCCGCGCAUCUCGCAUCACCACUAGACUCAACUCCUUUGCACCUCAAUCUCGCAACUUCUCAUUUACACAAGCAAUCAUGGGCGUUACCAAGACUACUCACCAGGAGGGCACCGGCGCUGUCCCUCAGGUCGGCCAGACCGUCACCAUUGAGUACACUGGCUACCUCAAGGACGAGUCCAAGCCCGACAACAAGGGCGCCAAGUUCGACUCUUCCGUUGGCCGCGGCGACUUUGUCGUCAAGAUUGGCGUUGGCCAGGUCAUCAAGGGCUGGGAUGAGGGUGUCACACAGAUGCAGGUUGGCGAGAAGGCCACCCUUGACAUCUCUCCCGACUACGGCUAUGGUGCUCGCGGCUUCCCCGGUCACAUUCCCCCCAACUCUAGCCUCAUCUUCGAUGUCGAGCUCAAGAAGGUCCAAUAAAUGCGCCAAUUGUCGCCGUCGCUGUCGGUCGCCUUCGGCAACUGGGGAUUUGAACGGAUCUGCCAGCUCAACGAACCUACGACUAGCCCAUUGCUCAUUAUACCCAGAGAUACCUAGUAUUGGGCGCAGUUCGAUCCGGGUAGCUUCUACACCGCUAUCGUAACUAUGCGAACGGCUAAAUAAAGAACAAUCGAUGCCUG